AAUAUUAAUUCAUUUUAUUAUAAUCUCUCUCUUUUACCUCUCUCCCAUUUUCUCUCUUUCUCCCCCUCUUUCUCUAAAAGAAAAACUAAUUAACAAGAAGAGAGGGUGAAAGGAAAAAAAAAAAAAUUAACUCAAAAAGAGAAAGUGAAUUUCCUUUUUAUUUUUUUCAAUUCAUAUGUAGAAAAAAAAAUCAUCAUUAGCAAAUAAAACAUAUUUAAAUUAAAAGGAGAAAAAUGGGGGCAUAUAGGGCUGAUGAAGAUUAUGAUUAUUUAUUUAAAGUUGUUCUUAUUGGUGAUUCUGGUGUUGGUAAAUCAAAUUUACUUUCACGUUUUACAAAAAAUGAAUUUAGCCAAGAAUCUAAAUCUACAAUUGGUGUUGAAUUUGCUACAAGAACAAUUCAUGUUGAUGACAAAAUUAUCAAAGCUCAAAUUUGGGACACUGCUGGUCAAGAAAGGUAUCGCGCCAUCACUAGUGCAUAUUAUCGCGGAGCAGUGGGUGCCUUACUGGUUUACGACAUAACACGCCAUGUAACAUUUGAAAAUGUAGCAAGAUGGCUCAAAGAAUUGAGAGACCACACAGACCAAAACAUCGUAGUAAUGCUCGUAGGGAAUAAGGCGGAUCUCCGCCACCUCAGAGCUGUCCCCACGGGCGAAUCAAGUGGUUUUGCAGAAAGAGAGAACACUUUCUUCAUGGAAACAUCUGCACUUGAGGCACUCAAUGUAGAGAACUCAUUUACAGAAGUACUCACUCAGAUUUAUCGAGUGGUUAGUCGAAAAGCACUUGAUAUAGGAGAUGAUCCAGCAUCUGUACCAAGAGGACAAACAAUUAACAUUGGGAAAGAUGAUGUAUCUGCUGUUAAGAAAGGUGGAUGUUGUUCCGGUUAAGCAAAAUGAUCGAUCCAGAGGUGAAUCCAGAAUCUAGCGUCAACAUGUUCAGAAUGGUAUACACAAAGUUGGAGAAGAAAAUAAUGAAUUCAGUUGAAUUCUCCGCCUCUGGAUGCAAGUAUGUAUGUAUAUAUAUAUAUAUAUAUAUACAUACACACACACAACAAAUCACAUUUUCAACAAAUAUAAGUUAGACAAAAGAACUAAUAGCACAGUAUAUUGUGGAGGAUGGAAGUACAAUUAGCCUAAAUACUUUGAUGUGUAAUUUGUAAAUCAAGGGAAUUUCAGCUAAGAAAACUUUCUAGUUGCCACAAAAUACUUGCAAUAGACUGAAUGCCUAUGUUGCUCGGACUCUUCAAAAAUGUCGAUGGAUGCGUGUUUGAUCCUCCAAAAGUAGUGCAUUUUUUAAGGAUUAGGCACAAGUGCAGCAUCAUUUUUUGAGAGUCCAAGCAACUCAAGCUCAACGUUACAAGAGGUUGCAUUUUGCAUUGUUCUCUUAUCUUCAUCUAUGCCAAGCGGGUGGAGAACUAUGAGUUCAGCAGAAUUCAAUAGCUUUGACCCCAAAACCUUGUAUUUGAUUAAGAAUUCCACUUAAUAAGUAAAAACAAUUUAUUUAACUUAGUAAAGUUGCAUCUUUUGUAAUUAUCGAUUUUUCAGCAUUAAACAGGAUGCUGCGUGAGAAACAAAUCCCUCAAGAGUUCCUUUUUGA